AUGUCCAUCUUCCCUGCACGUUUCCCCACGUCGUGCUUCCAGAACGCAACGGCGUCAGUCGUGUCUAUUAUGAAUGUGGAAGUGAAUGGCAGCGGCAAGGGAAAGGGAGGAGCUGGAGAGGAGGUCAUGGAAGGAAUCGGCUCCGGUUUUGUCUGGGAUGAAUACGGUCACAUUGUCACCAACUACCAUGUGGUUGCCAAGCUGGCGACUGACACUUCUGGGCGGCAAGCCUGCAGGGUGUCUCUUCUCGCCCCAACAGGCGCCAUGCAGACGUACGCUGCUACUCUUGUCGGCACCGACCCCUCCAGAGAUCUUGCUGUCCUCAAGGUAGAACUAUCUCAGCCUGUACCUGAAGCAGCGGAAACAAGUGCAGCAGCAGGCGGUGCAGUAGCGGUAGCAGCACCAGCAGCACCGACGCUGUAUCCCAUUCCUGUGGGCUCAUCAUCGGACCUGAGGGUGGGCCAGAGCUGCUUCGCCAUUGGCAAUCCCUAUGGCCUGCAGCACACACUCACUGCUGGGGUCAUCAGUGGGCUAGGCAGGGAGAUUCCGGCACCAACGGGUGCUGCGAUCAGGGGAGCGAUUCAAACUGACGCUGCAAUCAACGCAGGUAAUUCCGGUGGUCCUCUGCUCGACUCCUUUGGACGGAUCAUUGGAGUAAACACUGCAACUUUCACUCGAUCAGGUUCUGGCUCUUCAUCCGGGGUCAACUUUGCCAUCCCAGUUGACAUGGUCAGGAGAGUGGUGCCCCGACUUAUUGUCUAUGGUGCUCCUAGACCACCAGCGGUGUAG